AAUUAUUUUGAUUUGCCUUGUUUGUUCUUGGUGGUCGUCCUCGUCAUAUAUCUAUGUAUUUAAUUUAAUCUCGAGAACAGAAAACAGAGACACUGAAAAUAUUAAUAAUUGUUGAGAAGAAAAAGAAGAAUGGGAGAAGGUAGAGAAGGAGAUUGGGAGUGCAGUAGUUGCAACAACAGAAACUACGCUUUCAGAUCAUUCUGCAAUCGUUGCAAACAACCUCGUCUCCUCGUUGAUAACAAAACCCCUGCUGAUUCCAAGUGGCUCCCUCGUAUCGGCGAUUGGAUCUGCACCGGUUGCACUAACAACAAUUAUGCAUCAAGAGAGAAAUGCAAGAAGUGCGGACAACCAAAGGAGGUAGCGGCCAUGCCAGCAAUUGCUAUGACUGGAGCAUCUUUCCCCACUUAUCCACAUUACUUUUCCAGGGCACCGGGAGGACCAGAACAAAAGAUGAACUUUGGAUUGAUUGGAAACGGGGUGCCACCGCAGUUGCUGAAUUUGAAUUCUAAUUGGCCUGUUACUGGAGCAGAAAAGUUCGGUAUCCAUCCAGUUUCCCUAUGGCUACCAGGUGGAAAUUAUAGUUCUGGACAGCCUUAUGAAAGUUCAACUAGUCAAAACACAUCUAAUUCAAAAGGGUGGCGCAAUGGAGACUGGAUUUGUAACUGUGGCUUCCAUAAUUACUCCUCACGCUCGCAGUGUAAAAAAUGCAAUGCUUUUCCACCAGCACUAGGCACAAAACGGUUAGCUUCUGAAGAAUUGGUUUAUGACUUGGAUAACAAGAGAUUGAACGUAGGACCUACAAAUGAUCAGCAGCAAACGUAUUCCUGUUUAGAGCAAGUAGUAGGGACCAGUGCAGAACCAAAACCUGGACUCUUCCCUGCUUACACCGCCAGCAUUAACUCAAGUUCGGCAAUGCCCCCGUUGUUUCCACCUCAAGUUUCUUCUGCCGCACUCCUUGGAAAAGGAGCUAAGCAAUGGAGAAGUGGUGAUUGGAUGUGCACAAAUUGCAACAAUCAUAAUUAUGCUUCCAGACUACAGUGUAACAGGUGUAAAACACACAGAGUGGCACCGAUGCAACCUGUCAAUGCUGUGUAAUGUUGAAUUCAUUGGUUGUAUCUAGUUUUGUUAUUUGCCCUUGUUUUGUUGAGUUUUGUUUUGAAUCUAUAGCAUGUACUUUGCCAGCCAAAUGUUGAUAUUCUCAACAGAUGAAUUAUUUUCAAAUAUAAGACCUAAAUGGUCCAUGCUUAGAAGUGGCAGUGUAUUUCUCAAUUUCCAAAAGUUAUAUGCUUAUUAUAAAUACUUUAUUCAAUACAAUAUACAUGAUUUUAGGGGAGUUGUGAUUAUUAUGUUCA